CUGAAGCUUUCAUCCUCUGCUCUCGUCUGAUGGCUCUGCGUCCCACUGAAAUGUCUAAACAUUAGGGAAAAAUAAGAUUUAUUUAUUUAUUUUUUUUAAACUUGUUCCUGCAUGUCAGAAAAAAAAAAAMUAACUUUUUGUUUUGGACUUAUUAACAAAAUGUGAGCUCUGAUGGGACACAGGAGAACAACAGACCUGCAGAAGUUGAAGUGGRCAGUGAACCUGAGGAGCGGCGCGUCGUCACAGGGGAAAGUUGUGCGUUUCUGAGGCUGUUUAAAAUAAAUCAUGUCGUCUCUGCAGGGAGUUUAUGCUGCGGCUCUUUUUCACUGCAUGAUGACAGCUGCUGCUCUGAUAGACGCCGAUGACGUCAUCACGCGAGACGAGCAGAUCUUUGUUCUGAUUGGUGCACACGCCCGGUGUGAGAGGAGCAUCCGCGCACAAAUGGCCCUCGUCGAAGACGGGGACUGUUCUCCAGAGUGGGAUGGGAUUAUCUGCUGGCCCCGGAGCCGAGCGGGCCAGCUGGUCUCAGUGCAGUGUCCAGCAUACAUCUAUGACUUCAACCACAGAGGGCGAGCUUAYCGCCAGUGUGACGUGACAGGGAACUGGGAGCUGGUGCCCAGUAACAACCGCACAUGGGCAAACUACACGGAGUGCACCCGAUACCUGACCUCCAACCACAGAAACCUGGAGGAGAAGGUGUUUCAGCGCCUYCACCUCAUGUACACCAUUGGCUACUCCAUUUCUCUGGCAUCUUUGUUGGUGGCGAUCUCCAUCCUUUGCUAUUUCAAGCGCCUCCACUGCACACGCAAUUACAUUCACAUUCACCUCUUCACCUCCUUCAUCUGUCGAGCUGUUAGCAUCUUUGUGAAGGACGCUGUGCUCUACUCCGUAUCUGACGCCAGCAGAGCCGAGUCUGAGUUCAYGGCUGUGAAACAGCCCAUGAUUAAGCUUCCAGGUGUCAGAGAUGAGUUUGUAUCUCUUGAUGUAAAUCAGGUGCAGGCAGAGGUAAAAAAGGCCUGGUUAAGACGCAGCUUGGUGCUGGACCUCAAGCAGAAAGCCAGGAUGACGAGCAGCGGCGGCGGGAGCUGCUACUACGGCGGCAUGAUGUCCCACGCCACCACCCACAGCGUCUGCAUGUCCGCCAUUCAUCCCAGGGCUUUCUCCUUCACAGCGGGGUCAGGAGGGGCCGCUGGGGGGUCAGGGGUCAGGCCGCCCCGUCACUCUGCCCCGUCGUCGCUCCACCACAACCACAGCAGCGUGUGUGUGUUCGUUCCCAGCACCACUGAGGCCUCAGGCUCCCAGCAGGACACGGCGGUGUGGAAGCCAGGGAGGGCCGAGUCCAGAGCCAACAAAGAGCAUGAUAACAGCAGCAGCACCGCAGCAGCAGAUCCUGACUGCUCCGUACCUGUGAAAGAGCUGGAAACCAUUUUAUAAUCUUCACAGGUCCUUGCCAGGACACAGUGGCUUUGUAACUGGAUCCUUUCUGUGUCGUCGUCAUGGUUACAGGGAGGGAUUCACUAUCUUCACUGUCUGASAAAUUGAUGGUCUCUCCUUUUAUUCUGACAAGAAAAAAAAAAAAACUGAAUACAACCCUAUUAUGGGCUGCCCGCUCCAAUAACUACAUAAAAGCAUAUAGACCCGCUGCAGCUCUAGAUCCCACCAACAUCUCCCUGCUGGAGGGCAAAAAGCUGCUGACUGACCAUGACUAGCAUUGGUUUUAGCUCUUAAACUAGCAAUAUAACGCGCUGAAGGGAGUAGUUCAGUUAUUUAUGUUUGACUUUGACAACCUUAAUAUGUAGAUGUGAUGUAUUUUUACUAAAUAAAAAAAAAACAGCCCACACAUCAACUCUGACAGAUCAUUAGUAAAGCCGGAGUUUAAAUCAGCUAACCAACCUCGCUGUGYUAGCUAAGCUAAUAGCAGCGAUAGCUAAUCUACCACAGCGAUCACUUGUUAAUAAUCAAAAAGCAAACAUCAAGCUUGAAAACAUGAUACUGUAACCGACUGAAUGUUCUGUUCUAUGCAUGGGAAAUGUUUGCGUGUUUUUUUCGGAGUUGAGUCCUGAAAUUUUAAGUGGCGUUGUCAGUUGCUAUGGCAACGAAGAGUAGCCGACACAGAGA